AUGUCGACGAAAGAAGCACAGGAACAAUUGAAGCGUGACGGCGAAGGAGCCCUUUCUACAUCCGAGUACUGGGAUCUGCGAUACGCACAAGCUGAUGGCGAGAACGCAACACACGAAUGGUUUCGCUCUUUUUCCACUUUGCUGCCAUUUCUGCAAAGCAAUCUUUUCGAUGUUCGACCUGUAGAUCAGAAACCCAAGAUUCUUCAUUUUGGUAGUGGCGAUAGCACAAUUCCUUAUGACCUUUCUGCACGGGGUUACAAAGACCAGCUCUGCGUGGAUUUCUCGCACAAAGUUGUAGAGGUCAUGUCAGCCAAGGAGGACGACGGUGUGACAUGGGCUUGGGCCGAUAUUCGCGACAUGCCUCAACAUAGCAGUAAGAGUAUUGAUGUUGCGUUCGACAAGGGCACGAUGGAUGCUAUGAUCCACGGCAGUCCAUGGUCUCCUCCUGACGAUGUGAAAGACAACACCUCACGGUAUCUGGCAGAGGCUCAUCGCGUUUUGAAAGACGACGGAGUAUUUCUAUACAUCACUUUUCGACAGCCGCACUUCAUUCGCCCGCUGUUGAGUGUUAACAACCUAUGGAGCCUCAAAAUGGAAACUCUGUCAGCCGGCGAGAGCUCUUUUGAUUAUUAUGGCUGGACACUCACGAAAAAUACUGCUGUAUCUACUUGA